GACUGGUGGCUUCAAAGCCUCACAAUGGCCAAUACAAAGCAUCAGCAAUCCACGGUUUAUAUACAUACAUCAUUGGUCAUAUCUCAUGUCUAACAAUGGGAUUCGCUGUCCUGAGAGAGGAAGAGGAGGAGGGAUGAAGCGAGAUCACGUGGGACCAUUCUAGCCAAUGAGAAGGCAGUUAUGGUGUGAACAGGCACUCCUAUAUAAAAUAGUUUUUCUCAAUGUUGCCGAUAUGCCACGUGUGUAGUACUUUCGUAACUUUCGUAACAAUCGAAACAUCACAAAACGUAUAUUCGAUCAAAUAGUAAAUAAGUCAUUACAUUAUUUGUUCACCAAAUUCGACACUCUCUCAUUGACCUCCAUACAAAAACUCCUCACUUGGUGGGUGAAAAAAAUUAAAAUCGCCACCUGCUGGAGGAGACAGAUUGUGGGCCGAGUUACCUCUCUCGCUUCGCCUCUUACUCUCUGGCUCAGCUCAGUCACGAAGAGGAAGAACUUUGCUUAAUAAAUAAUGCCAUGCAGGUGGGUGGUAACAUUCAACUAAGACCCAGCCCUGAAAAGAAACGUAGUCUGAAAAGUAUUUGCACUUCAUCUCAUAAGGAAACACAGCAUUGACACAGAUUUCCACGAAUGUUCCACUUCGGAUUUCCCACUUCUAGCCCAAAUGCAUCAUACUUUGACUAAAACUAUGACUUAUCGUUGUGCAACAUCAUGGGUAAUUCCCAAACAAGUGAUGGUGGAAAAACAGGGAUACAGUGAAACAGAUGAACCUGACAGAAUGCCACCAGCCAAACCCACGGAAGGCAUGUCCUGCUGUGUGAUAUUCAACAGCGAGGGUCACCGGAGGUGACUCCGUGCCCUAUGACAGAGUGUUCUUCAGUGUCACCCCAGCUCCAGGAGUCCCAGCAGGACAUGGACAGGGAGUCAAGGCGUUCAGAACAUCACCAACAGCCCAUGACACCGAGACAGUUCCAAGACUGGCGGAAUAGUCUAGGCAAGAGUUCAGCACCAGACCAGGAUAGACUGAAACUGCAAGGUCUUGACCACGGUCCAGCACAAGAAAAGGAAACACUGCCGGGUCUUGACCAGGGUCCAGCACAAAAUGAGGAAACACUGCCGGGUCUAGACAAGGGUCCAGCACAAGACGAGGAGAGACCACAAGGUCUAGACCAGGGUUUAGUGCAAGAUGAGGAAACACUGCAUGGUUUUAACCAGGGUCCAGUACAAGACAAUGAGAGGUUGCAUGGUCUAGACCACGGUGAAGCACAAGACGAGGACACACUGCAUGGUUUUAACCAGGGACCAGCACAAGACCAGGCAAGUCAGAAUUACUUCCAUCAAGUCCAGGACCAGGAUCGUUCACUAGGCUCCAAUAAAUGCACAACGGAAGAACAGGAUCCUUCUCUAAAGGUCUCAGUCCAGGAUGAGGAUCCACCAGGGAACCUGGACUAUCAAUGUAAUGUAGACCUGGAGCAAUGCACAGCUCACAGCUCAGACCAAGGUGAAAACAGGCUAAGUGGUGUGAACCAGGAUCCAGUAUAUCUUGGUCCUGCACAAGAUCACAGCAGCCCUCAUGACAUCCCCAUUCUGGUAUCAGCUGGGAAACAGAACCAAACACAGGAUUCAAACCAUGAUCUAGCUGGUGCAAUGGAUCUACCACACUGCACAGAUCAAAAUCCAACCCCAAAACAGGACCAAGAGAAUCUGCUUGGAUCAGACCAGGAGCAGGCCCUAGUGGACCCAGAUAGGCCACUUAACCCAAACCAGGACCCCACCACAGAUGAGGCUUGUGGGAAUGAUGCGGCAGGGGAACAAGGCGGCUGCAUCCCAGCGGUGGUGAUCACUCAGGCAGAAGAGAGCCGGGGACCAGUGGUGAAUCAACGUGGAGAGACAGCGCCAGAGGUAACUGAGAGAGUGGAGGCUGAGCCACUGUGGCCAGAGACACCAGCAGAGAGGCCAGAGAUACCAGCAGGACCAGAGAGACCACAAGAACUAGCAAUGGCAGCCAUGAUUCCAGUGACCACUUUAGACCUCAGCCCCAGCCCUCUCAGUGCAGACCUCAGUCUCAGCGACGGGGGAGACCUACUGGCCUGCUGUGAUCUGCUGUCCCUGAAGAGUGACACUGUGUCCCUGGCCAGGAGUGAGGGAUAUGGCCAGGAAGAAGAUACCAGAAGUGUGGCUGCAUCCUCUGUCAUGUCUGUGUUCCCCAGGAUUCAGUUGGAUCCUCUGGAGAAGGACUGGCUACGAUCCUGUGCCCUGGGGAACACAGCUGCUCUCCGACAGCUCCUCACACAGGACCCCAGCCUGGCCUCCAAGAAAGACUUCAUCACUGAUCCAUAA